AUGCCGUAUAAAAUAUUCCCUCCUCCGCCUCCGGUGGUGAUUAAAGUCCGCGGGCCGCCGAAAGCUCCCAAGCUUCCGCUCGAACUCAAAGAUAUACUGAAAGAGAAACGGCUCGACGAAUACAAAAAGCGCGAGGCCGAGGCCCUGAAGGCCGGAGAGGCGAUCGAUCCGUUCGAGGAGGAAGUGGAGGAAGAAGAAGAUUUUUCGGAAUGCCAGCCCGAAGAUCUUGCCGUUCGAAAGACCGCGUCGUUCAAGUGCUUGGCUCAAAUCACCAUAUCAAGCAGUUCGUUUUUGCGCAGCGUCGAGUACAAUUUUCCCCAAAUAGAAGAUCCCGGUUUGGAUGAAAUAUUAUUCAGUCAAGAACCUGAAGUGAAAAGAGACGACGAAGGAGUGGACAUCUACUUGGAAUACUGCAGGAUAUACUCGGUGGUGCCAUUGAGAAGGGUGUUACGAUCAUUCAUUACUCCUAUCAUGAAUUUAAAAUACUAUGGGCUGAGGAAGAGCCACUUGCGAUGCCUUUGCGAAGCUUUGAAGACCAACCUCUACGUCGAAUUUCUCAUAUUGGAAGGGAAUUUUCUCACCCCGCAAAUGAUUGAGAUCCUCGUAAACAGUCUCAACGAAAACAAAGUGAUAACCGACGUUAACCUGAGGCAAUGCCAGCUCGGUCCUGCCGGAAUCACCGCUUUGAUGGCCGGCGUGGCCGGCGCGAAAUUCGUCACAACGCUAGAUUUGAGCUGCAAUGGGCUCGGCGUCGACGGAGGGAAGAAACUCAGGCCCAUCGCCAAGAUGGUCGAAUUGCAAUGUCUUAAUCUCUCCAAUAAUAACCUCACGCCGGAGUGCGCCCCAGCGCUGGAGCGGAUAUUGCUGGGUUGCGGGACCUUGAUCAAUUUGAACUUGGCUUUCAACAGGCUCGGAUCCGAUGAAGGAUUCGAUGUACUGUUUAAUGGUCUAGCGGAAUCGGAUCGUUUGGAAAUUCUGAACCUCUCGGACAACGGAUGUUGCACAGAUCCUGCGAUUUUCGCCGUUUUCACUGCGUAUCUUCAAGCGACAGUGACCUUGAUAGAGCUGGAUUUCAGCAGAAAUAGAAUCCCCGUGGAGAAAUUCAUCAGACCUCUAAGGAAAGCGUUGAUAAUCAACAAAUCGCUGAAGAUACUGAAAAUCGGCGAUAACCCGUGGUUGCCGGUGGACGCGCUGCCUCUGGCGCAAGUAAUAAGACUCAGUAAAACGCUAGAGGUACUCGACAUGGACAAUAUAUGGUUCACCAAGAAAAUAAAACCGAUCCAAAUGAAAGCUAAAUUAAUGGGAAGGACUCUUAUAAUUGGCGGAAUUUAUCAAAACUGGGAAAUUAAAGGACCUGAAUGGGUUUGGUUGAUAUGGAUGAGGAUUAAAGCGAUAUUUGCAGCCCCGAAGAAGCCAGCAGAUAGACAGGACUUUGGGGAUUUGCUUGAGAUAGCUCCUAAAAUGCCGAUGAAGAUCGGAGAAUUCGAACAACUUAUGUUAAAACACAAAUACGCAGCUCUUGUGAAGGAUCCAGAUCUAAUUAGACACUUCUACGAUAUUUACACGAAGGAUUACAAACUCCAGGUGGAGGAGAUGUACGCUGAUUAUUUCAGAAUUUUCCCAAAACCUGAAGUAAAAACGACUAGCGUACUGAAAUUCGCAAGUAGAUCGUCGAUUUCUUCGAAAAAAACCAAGUCUUCCAAACUUUCUAUUAGCAGCAAAAAGAGAGGAGGAAGUAAAUCAUCGCAGUUGAGAAUUUCGAAAGAAGAAAAACCUGCAGCCGAAACCGCUGCUGAAGAUAAGCAUUUGGAAGCAAUACCGGAACAAACCGAAUAA